AUGAACCAGCCCCCUCGAAAACGGCCACGGAUUGAGAUGGAAGAGGAAAUUAUUCUCUCGAAUAACGACGAUGCUCAUCUACAAAGAGAACUCGAUCUGCUCAAGACUGAGGUGGAAUCAGUGAAAGCCCCGUUAGCUUCAAAAUCAGAGGACGGUGUAGGAGUAUUGUACGCUCCGACGUACAGGGCGGUUCUAGCGCAACAUGGCUACUUGGCGAGACAGACUCUGGGGUCAGGCAGCUAUUCCAAAGUUAAAUUCGCGCAACAAAUUGGUGGAAGACGAGAGAGAGUCGCGGUAAAAAUUGUUGACCGACUGAAGGCUCCAAAGGAUUUCCAACAACGCUUCCUACCACGUGAGCUUCACAUCUGGCCUUUACUUAAGCACCAAAAUAUUGUUAACAUGUACGAAUAUUUCACGGACAAUCGGCGUGUGUACAUGAUACUGGAGUAUGCCGAGAAGGGGGAUGUACUCAGGUUCAUACAGAAAAAUGGCGCGUUGACGGAGGAGAUGGCCAAACUGUGGGCUCAGCAGGUUUGUGACGCCAUCAACUUUCUUCACGACCAGGACAUUGCCCACAGAGAUCUCAAACUGGAAAACUUACUGCUCGAUUCCGGGUUCAACAUCAAACUCUGCGAUUUCGGUUUCGUCAAAGGCGAUUGUGUGAAUGAUCUCAGUAAAACGUACUGCGGAUCUAAGUCUUACGCUGCUCCGGAAAUUCUGAAAGGUGAACCAUAUGAUGCCAAAGAGGCGGACGUCUGGGCGCUAGGAGUGAUCAUCUAUAUCUUUGUGACCGGCAAAAUGCCCUUUGAUGAAAGUCGUGGUAACAAAGGUGUGCUAGAGGAACACAAGAAGCUGGACUUUCCUUGGCACCGACUGAAGCGGAUAUCAAAGGAAUGUAAGGAACUGAUCAAUUUCAUUUUUCAGUUUGAUUUUCGAGAGCGACCGUGUGUUAAAGCUGUCAACGGCCAUCACUGGUUUAAGACCAGGAACGUGCUGCUGACGGAAUCACAACGAGGUCCUCAACGCCCUCCCCCAGCAGACGCGCUCGCUCGUGCUGACCCGGAUGUAAAUGAUCCAGCCAGGGUUCAUAGAUAG